AGUGUUAAAACAUUAAUUUAGAAUGUCAUUAAUAAUAAAUACACAAGAAGGAGAGCUUGAAAAGCCUAUUGUAGAUAAUUCGGAAUAUGAAAGUUUUGAUUUUGCUUUUUAUGGCUCAUUUUUUAUUGACCGUCGUUAUACACCUAGUGUUUUUCCUUGGUUAGUCAAGCACAUGUUGAGAAAUAAAAAAACAUUCAAACUUGUUACUGCUAAAAUUUCAAAUGAUAAGCUUAUUAUCAUUGACAAAUCUAAUCCUCAAAGUAUAAUUCAAGAGCAUUUAUUUGAUUCAAUAUAUAGAUUGUCUCGCUUAAGGAAUUGUGACCUGGAUGAUUAUUUGGCAUAUGUGACUGGAAAAGCAGACAAUAGUUCUUCUCAUUUUCAUUUAUUUAAAUGUGAUUUACAAGAAAAGAAGACAGAGUUUCUUACCUCAUUAAAAACACAUGUAUUGGGUUUUAACAAGAUUCCAUCUCCUGGCUAUGAUCAAAAAUCGUUCAAAUUAUCACCUUCAAAGCUUACUCAUCAACGUACUGUUUCCUCUGGUGCUGUUUUAAUAUCUGAAUCAAGUCCUGUUUUUCAAGAUUCAGUAUACUACAUUGGUAAAGUUUCUAUUUCACAGCCACAAGCUCCUCCAAAGUUUAUUGACGAUGUUUUAUUACAAUUGCAGAAAAUUCAAAGUUCGGAUAUCUUAAUAAAAAAAAAGCGUUCGGUUACUGGACCAAAUUUGGAAAAUAAUGAAUAUCAAUCUGACACAACUGAUUUUGGAUUCCCAGAAUUAAUUCCUUUUAAUUUAAUGGCACGACAAAGAUCUGUAAGUUGUGAUAGUAAAGAUACAGAUGAAAACAGUUUAAGCAUUCAUCGUAAUAAGAAUUCACUGUACAGGAGUGCUCUAACCAAUAUUACAAAUGAAGUAAAGUCAAGAUUGGUUACUCUUCAAAUUGCCAAAAAUUCUGUUUCUUUAUUCAGUUUAGAGUCAAAGACUUUGCUAUUAGAGAGAAAAAUGAAAAAUAUUUCCUUUUGUACUAAGGGAGACGUAAGAAGUGACCAUUUUGCUUUUAUAUGUAGAGAUAAUGGAAAACAUGUUUGUUAUAUUUUCCAAGGAGAAUCUGAAAAUAAGGUUGAUGUAUUGAUGAAGUCAAUGAAACAAGCCUUUUGUGAUGCAUUAGAAGCAUCAGCACAUUUGACCUUAUGUGAGAUAUGUCCAUUGCAACUUUUUCAUAAGUUAUGUACAAAACUUGAAGGGGCUUCUCAAAUUGGAGAGAAAAAAGAUAUUUUAGAAGAUACUAUAAGUCGAAUGUCUGAAUACGAACAGCUUCAUAUUGCAAACCAAAUAAGUGAACAAAAUCCUACUAACAAAUUUGAUGAGCUCAUCAUUUCUGUGAAUGUUGUUAGAAGUAUUAUUGACCAAAAACAACUUGCACAUAAGCAUUCAUACAACAUGCAGCAAUUACUUGGCGAAAGUUUUCCUGAACGUGAUCGUUCAAAGUCAUCAAACAUCUUUGAAAAAGCCAAGAAAACAUUUGCUUCUUCUUUACAUAAUUUUGCAACCAAAAAGCCAAAUAAUAGUUUUCCAUCAAUGAUUCAUCAAAGUUCAGAAGAUAUUAACAAACCAAUCCAUUCCAACACAAUGUAUGCACCUAUGAGUUGUCCGACUACACCAGAUUUAGCUGUGAAACAUCUAAAAUUUGACUUUGAUAAAGAGUCAAGUGCAAAUAAACCAGAAGUUAUAAAAAAUGAAGUUACUGAAGAUGUAGUUACACAGUGGAAGAGUGUUGCUAAUAGUAGGAAACUUAUGAAAAGACCUUCUUGGCGCCAGGAUAUUUAUCACAGUGUUGUCAUUUCAUCGUGCAGAGAUCCUACACUAACAUCUGCAAUUGAUGGCCAUGUGAAUUCAAGCUAUAGAGCAAGAUUGCGAUGGUCAAAUGCCAUUAGAAACCAAAUUUUAUUAAUUCGUAUGGAAAAAGAAAAUAAAACACUAGCUGCCAAAAUUUCUGCAUCAGAAGAGCGUCGUCAAAAGCUUUCAUAUAAAGAAUAUGGCAGUUAUACUGGAGUUUCAGCAGUUUUAUGGGAUGAAAUGUUGACGCAAAAAAAAAAUGAAAAAGUAAACGAUCAUUCUUUGCUCGAGGCAGUGCGUGGAGGUUUGCCACGCGCUCGGCGUGGAGAAGUGUGGCAGUUUUUGAUCAAACAGUAUACAAUUCGCUGUCCUGAGCGUGUUGAGGAACAAUAUUGGAAAAAUGAGUCUUAUAGAAGUUUAUUGAGAUUAAGCACCAGUCAUCAGCAUGCUAUUCUUAUAGACUUAGGUAGAACAUUUCCUACCCAUGAACAUUUUGUUGCUCGGCUUGGAUCAGGUCAGUUAAGUUUGUUCAAUAUUCUAAAGGCUUAUUCCAUACUUGAUAGAGAAGUUGGUUACUGUCAAGGUUUGAGUUUUGUGGCUGGACUUUUUUUGAUACAUAUGAAUGAGGAGGAUGCUUACAGAUCUUUCUGUCAUAUCAUGUUUGAUUUGCAAAUUCGUAAUCAAUAUAAGCCUGAUAUGAAUGCUGUUCAGCAACAACUUUACCAGCUUUCUCGACUUAUACAUGAUUACUAUCCAUCUUUGUAUGAACACUUUAAUCUGAAUGAUGUGACACCAACAUUGUAUGCAGCACCAUGGUUUUUAACACUUUAUGCAUCACAGUAUCCUGUAGGAUUUGCUUCAAGAGUAAUGGAUAUGCUAUUAUUACAAGGAUUGGAAGUUAUUUUUAAAGUAGCCAUAGUUAUGGUUGGUGAUUACAUUAAUGAAAUUUUGGAGUGCGACAGUUUUGAGACCAUUGUUGAGUACCUCAAGCUAACAUUACCUGUGAAAGUGCCAACCAAUACUGACGACAUAUGUAACCGCGUGUUGAAUAUGAACAUCACUUCGCAACUUCAUCUAUACGAAGUUGAGUAUCAGCUUUUAAAAGAUGAAAUGAUUGAUAUUCGUCAAAAUAGGGAAAAGUUAGAGAAACAAGAAGUUGUCCAUAAGGAGCUUGGAAACGAACUUGCAAGAGUGCAAAAAGAACUGUCCAACGUUAAUCUUGAGCUUAGCUCAUUGAAAUCGAAAUUUUUAGAAACAAAAAAAGAAAAAAAUAUGUACAAAAAGAAAUUAAUCGAAAUGGAGCAAGAACUUUUUUUGCUCAAGUCUAAUAACAUAGUUGUUAAACAAAAUGGCGAGUGUUCAAAAGAUUUUCUGGAAAAUGGUCAAGUUUGUUACAACGAUAGUUGCCAAAACCGAUAAGAUAUAUUUUCUAGAAAAGUCAUUCUACAAAUGUUAUAUUUUUCAAACUGUUUAUAUAUUUUUUCUAUACAUUUUGAGAAUUUAUUAUUUUAACUUGUUACAUAAGCAAGCUUAUGUGUUACAUAAGCAAGGAAAUUAAUGAAAUUAUUUUUGAGUUUAAGCCCAAUAAGUUUAACAAUUUUUAAUUUAAUUUUUUAAUUAAAUUAAAUAAAAAAUAAUUUUUGAUUUAAUCUUUUAUUAACUUAAACUUUCAUCAAAAAUUGCACAUUGAUAUAUGAGUUGAUAUAUUAGACCGGGUGAAUAAAAAAGAGCAAUUGCUUUUACUCAGCGUUUUUGGAGUAAUUGCUCAACUUUACGUAAAUAAAAAUUUGAGCAAAAUCGCUCAAAUUUUUUAGCUGAGCAAAUACUCCAAAAACGCUAAGUUAAAGCAAUUGCUUUUUUUUAUUCACCCGGCCUGUGAACUCAAUAUCAUUCGGUUUUAAACCGUUUUUAUAAAUAUUUUUAUUAUUAUAAUAAUUUAACUUUAAAUAUAUUAUAUUUUUAAUUUAAAAGUUUAAUAUAUUAUUUUAAAUGUUUUUUUUUUUUAAUGCUAUUUUCUUUUUUAUUCUUUUUAGAUCUUUUUUUAUUCCUUUUGUUGUUGUUUGUCCUACUUAAAUUCGGCUAUUCUGAUACUAAGUUAUUUUACUUAUUUACCUGAUACUAAGUUAUUUUACCUCUAAAACCGAUUUUAAAAUGCGUUAUUUUUAAUAAAAGUUUUUUUCCAUUGUUUUUAAUGAGAUGUUUUGAUGUGUGCAUAAUAUAUUGGUUUAUUAAAAAUGAAAAAUUCCUGUUUAUUUGUUGCAGUUGUUGUUGAAUAAAACUUUUUAUUAAAGUU